GUUUGCGAAUGCAUCACAGAAUAAUCUGGACUAUGUGCAUGCCCACUUCACCGGUCACUUGCUGGGCGGCUUGCUGGUGCUUCUGGGUUACGUAAUUAUUAAGCGCAACAAACCAUUCGUCAACAGUCAAGUUAUGGUACCGGCAAUGAUCAGUGGCGCAAUGUGGGGCAUCGGUUGCACACUCUGGUUCGUUUUUAAUCGAAUUUACUUGGUUCUGUUUAUGUCAAACAACUAUGUUUCUCAAGCAAUCUCAUUCCCAAUCAAUAGCAUGGUACCCGGCUGCUGCGCUGUUUUAUGGAGUACAUUUUUGUUUCGUGAAAUUCGUGGAGCAAGAAAUUAUUUCCUGACUGCUUUUGGAAUUGUUUCAACGAUUGUUGGAGCGAUUAUUGUUGGCGCAUCCUCAUAA